AUGAAGUAGGUCAUUGCUGUUGGCAUGUUUCUGGUGGGUUUAACUGGAGGCAUCGCCUCAGGGAAGAGCACAGUGUCUUCACAGCUGAAAUAGCUGGGCUGUCCUGUCAUCGAUGCAGAUGUGGUUGCCCGAAAAGUGGUGGAGCCCCAGAGCCCAGCGUAUAGACUGAUCGUACAGCACUUUGGACAGGAGAUUUUGUUAGACAAUGGUGAGAUUGACAGACAGAAACUGAGGCAGAUCAUCUUCUCCAGCCCCAAGAAACGAAGACUUCUGAACUCCAUCACACACCCAGAAAUACAUAAAGAAAUGUUCAAACAAAUACUGCUGUAUUUCAUUAAAGGCUACAGGUAUGUGGUUUUGGAUGUGCCGCUGCUUUUUGAAACCCGACGUCUCACUCGUUUCCUAACCCACACUGUUGUCGUAUACUGUGAUCCGGCGACGCAGCUGUCCCGCCUCAUGCAGAGGGACGGUCUGAGUCAGGAGGAGGCCGAACAGAGAAUCGGCGCUCAGAUGCCACUCAAAGAGAAGCGCGGACUCGCCAGUCACUUGAUCGAGAACUUGGGCUCUCGCGAGGACACUCACAGACAGGUGCUGCGGCUGCACACCAAGCUCGAGGACUCCAUGGAGUUCCUGGUCGUCAGGGCUGUCGCCGUGGCAGCCGUCGCCGGGCUCAGCGGUCUCUUUUUAUAUACAGUCAGACUGCUGGUCUCUUAGCAAACAUACAGAACUGCUUUCACAACAAUGGCAAUAGGACUUAAAGGGAUAGUGCACCCCCCAAAAAAAAAAAAAAAAUUUUCAACAUUCUGUCAGCAUUUACUCAUUCUGUAUGGUUUUCAUUCUUCUGUGGAAGAUUUGACAACAAACAACAUUGGACACCGUAGCUUUCAGUUUAUGGACAGAAAACCCCCACAAUAUUUAUUUUUCAUGUUCCACAGAAGAAAUAUAGGUUUGGAACAACGUGAAUA